GUUCUCGUUGGAGCCGUGAUAGUAGAGGUCGUCUGCACGUAUUUGCGUACGAAGUUUACUAGCGCGAAAGGAUAUUCCUUUGUCCUUAUCUUCGAGGACUUGCCCUCGUAUUAUGUUUCCGCGCGAGAGCCGCAAUCAACCCCGGCCUUCUGACGAGCCGGAUCGCGUGCACCGUGCCACAUUCAGUCGAAAUUCUAUUCGUUUUGAGAAAAAUUGUGCCGGCUACCGCUCCAAUCGUAACCGUCGAGCGAUUUAAAUUUGUGUGAGACUGUGAGAGUAGGACCGCAAACACCGGACACUAAAGUGAGCGUGGACUGUGAGCAUCAUGUCGACGGGAAAACGGCUCGCCAAGCGGUCCAUUAUCGGGACGCGCGUGGCGGCACUGGACGAAGAGGGAAUAUACUGCUCUGGCAUGAUCCAGGCGGUGAAGACGCCGGCGCCGUUCCCGGAAAACAUAAACAGCAACUGCAUCAACCUGACGCCCAACACCCGCUACACGGUGCGCUUCGACGGCGGCCGCGGCAGCCGCGAGUACCGCGACCUCGAGCUGAUCGGGCCCGGCUUCCGCGGGCUGGCGGGCGUUCGCCUGCGCGCCGGCCAGCGCGUCUUCCUCACCUACAACGGGCGCGAGGUGCGCGCCGAUGUGCUGGCUCACGAUCACACCACGGACGAGCUUCGCGUGCAGGUCCACGCGCCUGGACAAGAGGCGCCUAUCGAGCUAAAGAAAAGACUUGAUGAAAUAAGACUGCUAGAGUCCCGCAAAUCUGCAAGACUCGCUGAUGUGGACACUGACUUCGCCAGACUGGCAGACAUGGCCAGUGGUGACCGCCGUCGUGCCUCCGCCACCAUCGAAGUGCCUGCUCAUCAUAUGCAAGGAUCGCGCAAGCGCCGGCCCAGCAGCUCGUGCGACCUGGGCUACGGCGAGCGCGACGACCAGAUGAACGAGUGCAACGCUGCGCUGGUACUCAUGUCGCUCAGCUGCUCGCCCAACUCGCCGCGUCCGAAUGGGUGGGGCGGCCGGUCGUCGGUGUCGCCGGGCGCCAGCAGCAGCUCGGGCUCGUCGUGGCGCUCGGGCACGCCCUCCCCGCCGCCCGCCUCCUCCUCCUUCAGCGACGAGGGCAUCGCUAUGGACUAUGAAGAUCUCCAUCCCCGCAAGAAACGGGUUAACAGUGUGGUGUUCGAGUGCACCUGGAGAGGCUGCGGGUACAUCACUAACUCCUGCUCUUCAAUUGAAAGUCAUAUCAGACUCACGCAUUUAGGACCUAAGAAAGAAGGAGAAAGCGACCACGAGGAGGAGUUCUACUACACGGAGCGCGAGGUGCCGGCGCCGGCCGCGCCGCCGACGCUGUCGCACCGCGACAUGUGUCGCCCGCCGCACGAGGACCCGGACUACCAGCGCCAGCUAGUCGGCUCCUACAGGCAAGGAUUACUGUCCACACUACAGAAUGGAAAUGCGCGGCCUAUUAGUAUUCCAGUAUCUCAUUCCUGGUCCAACUCUCACUCACCGAAACACAUGCGGCUGUCGGCGGCGAGCAGCUCGCCCAGCAGCCCGGGGCGGCGCGCGCGCUCCGACAACAAGAAGUGCCGCAAGGUGUACGGCAUGGACCAGCGCGAGCUGUGGUGCACGCAGUGCAAGUGGAAGAAGGCUUGCACGCGCUUCGGCGACUAGCGGCGCCGCCGCCACCUCGCCGAGGCGCGCGCGCAGCUCUACCACAAGUAACUCGAGCCUGCCCCCUACCGUUCGCCCGAGGCCGCAUGCUCCCCCGAGGGCGAGGCGAGGUGUUUGGACAAUUGUGCGCGAGUCGUAGACACUAGGUGACGAACGACACUUUUAUAUAAGGUAAACUAGGCAGACGAAUAAGUAUAUAUGCGAUAGACAUAAAUAUAUUCAAAUAUUUAUUGACUAUAUAAA